ACAUCGUUCGCUUUCCCGUGUCGUUGUUUUGCUCGGUCGGUCGACGACGUUUUUCUUUUCAGGAAAAAAGUGCGGAAAAGCUGAAACCAGACACACACACACACACACAUACAUACAAACAGAUACAUUUUACUCACAAAACGCCCAUACGCACCGCCGGGAGGAGGCAAGCGGCCAGUCAGCCAGCCAGCCAGACAAACGAACAAACCGAAACCCUUGGCGUGCGACGCAAAGCAGCAAAGGGCAGCGCGCAAAUACGUCACCUCAUCAUCAUCAUCAUCAUCUCGAUCAUCGCUCGGCAUCAGCGGCAGCUGUAACUCUGGUCGGACCGUUACAUUAAAAUAGUGUGUUUUUGUUGCUAGUGAAAAGAGUCGUGCCGCCGCCGCCGUCGUCGUCGUCGUCGUCCAGCCGCAAAAACAAAAAGCACACACCCGCGCGAAGCACUUGAAAACGCGAAGAAGAAGAAGAGAAAAGAGAAAAAAGGUACAUCCAUUGUGCAGUGUUUUGUUUCAUGUGUGGUGUAAGGAGAUAAGUAAUGUGGUGUCUUUCAUGCGUCUCUUCUCCAACUAAUUCAGAACCAAUGGCUGCUAUAAGGAAAAAGCUUGUGAUCGUCGGCGAUGGUGCCUGCGGUAAAACCUGUCUGCUGAUCGUCUUCAGCAAGGAUCAGUUCCCGGAGGUGUACGUGCCGACCGUGUUCGAAAACUACGUGGCCGACAUCGAAGUCGACGGCAAGCAGGUUGAGCUGGCACUAUGGGAUACGGCCGGGCAAGAAGAUUACGACAGACUGAGGCCGCUGAGCUACCCAGACACCGAUGUUAUUCUCAUGUGCUUCUCUGUCGAUUCACCCGACUCGCUGGAGAACAUCCCCGAAAAAUGGACCCCUGAGGUAAAACAUUUCUGUCCUAAUGUACCCAUCAUCUUAGUCGGCAACAAAAAAGAUCUCAGAAAUGACCCACACACAAUAAAGGAAUUGGCUAAAAUGAAGCAGGAGCCCGUCAAGCCACAGGAGGGACGUGCGAUGGCCGAAAAAAUAAAUGCUUUCGCUUAUUUAGAGUGUUCGGCCAAAUCGAAGGAGGGCGUGCGUGAAGUUUUCGAGACUGCUACGAGAGCAGCGUUACAGGUGAAAAAGAAGAAGAAGAGUAAAUGUGUUCUGCUCUAAAAGAGCAAAGCCAGCAUUGUGCUCCCUAUUGCGAUGGUGUUUGCGAUGGUGGAAAAAAAAACACUACUGAGCCUGUUGAGUAAAGCGAAUCGUAAGAGAGGGAGAGCAGACAAGCGACCGAAGAGAGCAGAAAGCGAUGCAAACAACGGGAAGCAGCAAGUAGAAGAGCGCAGCAUCAGCGUGUGUGUGGUGGAGAUGUGGAGGAUCGAGAACGGCAGUGGUAGUAGAUAGAUGGCCCGAGUGGCGCUAUAACAUUAAUCGUUUUGGGAAUGGCAAAAGGAAAGUGAAGACGCUAAUUCGUAGGUAAAAGCGCCACAUCAUUACACGCAACAGCAGAAGCCUCAGAGAUCGAAGAAAAGAAUCCUUUUUUUAGAAUGAAAAAGAAACAUCUUUCGACCACCUUUCACACAAAGCAGACCAAAAAAGGAGAAAAAAUGAAGAUAAAAAAAAACAACAAAAGGAUAGAACACAUACCAAUUCAAUGCCAGGGAUUACAGCCAGGGAUUACAAGAAGCCUAGACGGGAGACGGAAAGAGGAGGGAACAGCAGGCAACAGUGAACGUGAACACUAGCUGCGAAUAGAUCUACUUGGGAUGAGUGAUGCGCGUCACCUCAGCUCCUUUUUUGUGGUGUGUGAAGAACUACUACUAGAGUUUUCUGCAUGCUGGAGAACGUAGCGUAGUCACCGAACGCCUUUUUUAAUGUGUGUGUACCUAGCGUAACGCAUGCCAUGAUGAUGAAAAUGAUGAUGGAAGAGAAUAGAGGAUGUGUAAGGCAAAAACGUUUUCACCCGAUACCGCCCCCACCCCCGCAAGGGAGGGUUGUUUUGUUAUGCAAAAGCAAAAGGAACUGCAGCGUGUUUGCUCUGUUAGGGAAUCAUUUUACAACAGAACCCAACUAAACACAAAAAAACUUUGUAUGCAAUGGUGUGUGGACGCAAUCAAAUCGUCCAACAAUCACAUGGUGCCGUUGUGUAGUGCACGUAUUUUGAAGUGCGGGCCCUAUUCGACGGGCCUUGGUUAGAAUGUCUGCAGAAGUAGGAAGAGGUCAAGCAUCCACAUUCGCGCACACCACUGCCCUAGAAAGGUAGUGGAGAAAAGUACGGAUAGUUUCUUCAAACGUUCAUGUUUCUCAUAUUUGGUCCCAUUUUUCCUGUUUUUAUCUACACAACACACACACACCUUCUUAGAUACAUACAUACAUGCAUAUAUAAGAUGGCAUCUACUAGAUGUGGUUUUUUUAUUAUUAACUAUUCGGUAAGCGAUUAAGUAAAUGAGUUGAGUAUGCAAAAAUCAACAAAAA